GGAAAAUUUCUUAAGCUGCACUAAUAGCAUAUCGAAUGUCGUCGAUAUUUUUAAAUCAGAGAAAAUCCCCUCCCAGUCCCAAUUCAGCUACCAUACAAAAAUUAUUGGAUGAAAACACUCAAUUGAUUAUGUGUAUAGCGGAAAAUCAAAAUAAAGGAAAUGCUGCAGAAUGUAUUUCUUACCAACAAGUCCUUCAUAAAAAUUUGGUGUAUUUAGCCACAAUGGCAGAUUACAAUCAACAAAAUCCCACACCUGGUCAACCCAAUACAAAUGAGCCAAUAAAUUAUGAAGGUGCCUCACAAAAUCAUCAAAAUAAAAUUCCACCAAAUUCAUUCCAAUCACAAAAUGAACAAAUCACUUACUCUAACAAACAAAAUUAUAAUCCAUUGAUAGAUACCUCAUACCAAAGACCUUUUAUGACUCCUAAUAGUCAAUAUAGUUCUCUACAGAAUCCUGAUAUCACAACUAAUAAACUCCAACCCUCCCAUCACGCAGCCACUUCUCCCUUUAAUCAAGCUAAUUCCAAUCAACACCAAACUUACAAUAAUUCUCCGCAUAAUUUAAACAACAAUAAUGUUUACCCUCAAGGAAUUCCGGAUAACAACCCAUCGCACACCCCCAUAAAUUACCCAAGCAAUACGAAUCGACAUAAUUUUGGUAAUAGUUAUACUAACAGACCUGCCCAACAUCACAUGUCUGUCUAUCCUCCUUAUUUCCAACAACCCACCACCACUAACCACCAAAUGGACCAUGAAAUGAGCUCUUCAACAUUGUCCCCAAAAGAAAAAAAUAGUAUAGAAUAUUUGGGUCAAGAUAAUCCAUUGUCGAAAUAAAACAAUUUUCCUUAUAUCUCUUUUUUUUACUUUCUCCUUGAUAAUAAAUUAUAUGGUUAUUGUAGGAAUUGCAUUUCUUAUUUUUUUUUCUGGCAUGCUUAUCUUAGGCAUAGAUAAAAAAAAUAAUUUAUUCUAAGAAUAUGUCAAUCUUCUUAUUUUUAAUCAGAUUUUAAUGUGAUUUCAUAUUUUAAUUUUUUUAGCUCUAAUAAUAUCUAAAUAUUUUCUACCCACCUUCAAUCGUGUUAUUAUUUAUAAAUUAUCCAAUUCAAACUUGUCAGAAUUUUUAUUCUAUAUUAUUUUUUUCUUAGA